UGUAUUAAUUUUCUAUAAAUACAGCACAUAUAGGAAGGACAGUGCAGAAUCGAGUCAGCUGAAUCAAAGUUGAUUUUGCAGCAAAAAAAAAAAAAUGAGAGGUUUACCCAUCCUUGUUUCUAUCAUUUUGUUUUCGAUUUCAUUGGUAACAUCUAAAUCUUACCCUAAUUCAGUUGUUGAUAAUUUUCUCCAAUGCCUUCCCAAGCACUAUCGCAACCCUUCUAAGCCAAUCGCUAAAGCCAUAUACACUCCCACCCAUCCUUCCUUUCAAUCUGUUUACGAGCUCCAUACUUACAAUCUUAGAGUUCUAACGCAGGCCAAUGCUACUCACAAACCCAUGGCCAUCGUUGCUGCUCUGCAUGAAUCUCAUGUUCAAGCUGCUGUUAUUUGUGCCAAGGAAUCGGGUUUGCAAGUGAGAAUCCGAAGCGGCGGACAUGAUUACGAAGGUCUCUCUUUCAGCUCCUCCGUCCCAUUUGUCAUUAUUGAUCUUUCUAAUCUUCGGUCUAUAAAGAUCGAUAUGAAAACCGAGACUGCAUGGGUUCAGGCAGGGGCGACUACCGGUGAACUCUACUAUCGAAUUGCAGAGAAAAGCAAGGUCCAUGCUUUCCCUGCUGGUGUAUGCACUACUCUAGGAAUUGGUGGCCAUUUCACUGGUGGUGGCUACGGUAACAUGCUAAGAAAGUUCGGCCUUUCAAUAGAUAACGUCGUGGACGCUCAAUUGAUCAAUGCUAAGGGGAGAAUCCUUAAUAGAAAGUCCAUGGGAGAGGAUGUGUUUUGGGCCAUCAGAGGCGGCGGUGGAACUAGCUUCGGAAUCAUUCUCUCAUGGAAGAUCAAGCUGGUUCGGGUCCCUCCUAAAGUUACUGUUUUCCAGGUGGCAAAGACUUUAGAGCAAGGUGCAACCGUUCUUGUUCAUAAAUGGCUUCAAGUUUCCCAUAAACUCGAUAAAGAUAUUUUUAUUCGAAUCAUGCCAGUAACCGUUGCUGGAACUGGCAAUGGCAACAGCACUGUUCGAGUUUCCUUCAUUGGCCAUUAUCUCGGACGAACUAACAGGCUUCUUCCAUUGGUGAAUGCGAGCUUCCCCGAAUUGGGUUUACAAAGAAAAGACUGUACAGAAAUGAGUUGGAUCGAAUCCACCCUUUACUGGGCCGGUUUCCCUAAUGGAACAUCCACCGACGUUUUACUGAACAGAGUGCCAAACAAAGUGUUCUUCAAAACCAAAUCUGAUUACCUGAAAAACGUGAUGCCCAAGGCAGGUUUGGAAACCCUGUGGAAGGUGAUGAUGGAGAUAGGGAACAUGUGGAUGCAAAUGAGCCCUUACGGUGGGCGAAUGGCUGAGAUUUCAGAAUCCGAAACAGCAUUCGCACAUAGAGCUGGAACCCUUUAUUUAGUUCAGUACACUGCGCACUGGUCGGAAGGGAGCAGUGAAGCCACCAAAAAAUACGUGGAGUUAAUGAGAAAAUUGUACGCUGAGAUGGCUCCAUACGUAUCGACUAAACCAAGGGAGGUAUUCCUCAAUUACAGGGACCUUGAUAUAGGCAGCAAUAAUACAGAUUUUGAGGCUGCAAAAGUAUAUGGGGCUAAGUAUUUCAAGGGGAAUUUCCAGAGAUUGGCAGAGGUUAAGGCCAAGAUAGACCCUCAUAAUUUCUUCAAAAAUGAACAAAGUAUUCCGCCAUUUCCGUCUUUUUAAUUAAGUCAAAGUGAUAAUGUAGCUGCUUUUUUCUUAUAUUUGCAAGUUAAAAAAAAAAAAAAAAAAA